GCGGAUUUGAGGGAGGGGACUGGUCGCCUCGCGAGUUCAAACAUCGGAGACCCUCGGUAGAGACAUCGGCUGACUGUAUGCUACUACUGAGGCACGCAAUCCUUCAACAGGCCAAGCCACACCACCGCCGUCCAGUAAUCGGUAGUUCUUCAACAACUCCGACCCAACCUAUGACCCAACACGAUCAAAGAGCUUCAAGGACAACACAUUACCACUGAACACAAGCCAAUCGAAACUCUGUCGGACUAUCGGCUCGCCGGAUCAGAAAACCGACGCAAGGGCUCCCCCCAAAAAUGGGUUAUACAACUUACGCUACCGCUUCGGCUUCCGCUUUAACUUUCACGACGGUCUCCCUAUAUCUUCUCUUCACCAACUCUGGAGAAACAUUCAAUGUUGGUACCUUCCUCGAACAAACGUCUCCACAUGUCUGGGCUUUACUUGGAAUCGCCUUGAACAUCGGGCUGAGUGUGAUUGGAGCUGGAUGGGGAAUUUUCACAACAGGCGUCUCAAUUCUCGGAGGCGGUGUUCGCACACCAAGGAUUAGAACCAAAAAUUUAAUCAGUAUCAUUUUCUGCGAGGUCGUCGGUAUAUAUGGAGUCAUAGGUGCCAUUGUCUUCUCUUCCAAGAUCGGCGCAUUCGCCUCGGCCGAAUCACUCUACACAAAGGAGAACUACUACACUGGGUUUUCGUUGUUCUGGGGAGGCUUGAUCAUGGGUUUCUGCAAUCUACUAUGCGGGAUCGGCGUUGGAAUUUCGGGCUCAAAUGCCGCCCUAGCCGAUGCAUCCGAUCCCAGUCUGUUCGUCAAGAUCUUAGUCAUCGAAGUUUUCAGCAGUAUCCUUGGCUUGUUUGGCUUGAUCAUUGGUCUACUGGUCUCUGGGAAAGCUGGCGAACUACAAUAACAUCUUCUACGUUUUCUGGGUUUUACUACUAGUCUUUAACAUUCGGGCUACUUAUGAUCCCUAGAGUUUUAUUGUUUGCAUUCUAUCGAAACUUAAUUCUUUAUUCGUUGGAUUAAAUAUUCACAUGCAAAUUGUGUUAGUUCAUUUUGUACAAGAAACUCAGAUUGUCUUAUAUUCAUUCACAGCUUUCAACUUAAGGUUCCGUAUGUUUCAAAACUCUUUCUACCAAGGAGGUGCCUAACACUGCAAAAUCUUCUGCAGGAGUUUAGUGGUUGCUGGUAGCCUAUUGUAUUUCCCUACAAACCCAUCCACCUUCAACAACAACAAAAUGGUGAUUUGAUUUUUUGUUAAUGUUCUAGACAAUCCUACACUUCUUUUAUUGCUGGUUUUAAAAUGACUUGGAAUAAACAAACUCAAGUAUCCACACUUUGUUAUAUUGUUGACAAUAAUGCUUCACCUCAAAUUUAUG